AUGGCUUCGGAAAUAAAAUUUACACAAGAUACAAUGAAACAAUUUAAUGUGGCUAAAUCAUUUACGGUCAAUAAAGAUCGUAUUAAUGCAAUGAAUUUUUCACUUGAUGGUGAAACACUUAUAUCAUCAAGUGAUGAUGAUUCAAUUGUUAUUUAUGAUUGUAAAGAAGGAGAAACAAAACGAACACUAUUUAGUAAAAAAUAUGGUGUUGAUCUUAUACAUUUUAUUCAUGGAACUGAACAAGUUCUACAUGGUUCAACUAAAGUAGAUGAUGCUGUUCGAUUAUUACAAUUAGAAGGAAAUAAAUAUAUCCGAUAUUAUUCUGGACAUACGAAACGUGUUGUAAGUUUGAGUAUCUGUCCAACAGAAGAAACAUUUCUUACUUCUUCAAUCGAUAAUACAUUACGUCUUUGGGAUGUACGCAUUCCAACAGCUCAAGGUCUUCUCAAUGCACAAACAACAACAGGACCGAAUAGUCGUCCGGUUGCUAAUUUUGAUCCUGAAGGUGUAGUGUUUGCUGUCGGUAUUCAAUCAUCUUUGAUCAAACUUUACGAUAUUCGUCAUUUUGAUAAAGGACCAUUUACAACAUUUCGACCAUUAGAUAUCAAUGAUAAUAAUGAUAGACAAACAACAAAUACAAAUCAAUUGAAUGAACAAUGGACACAUUUAAAAUUUAGUCCCGAUGGAAAAAUGAUAUCAAUUGCAACGAAUGGUACUAGUUUACAUCUUAUUGAAGCUUUUCAAGGUUUACCUAUACAUAAAUUUACUGAUAUUGUUAAUGAUCGGCAAGAACCAUUACAAUGUUGUUUUAGCCCAGAUUCAAGUUAUAUUUUAUGUGGAUCGGGUGAUAAUCGUAUUUUGAUUUAUAAAGCUGAAAGUGGAGAAAAAGUUAUUGAAAAACAAACAGAACAUAAUGGUGCUAUACAAUGUAUUCAAUUCAAUCCUGCUUUUCUUAUGUUUGCAACAGCUCAUACUAAUAUGUUAUUCUGGUUACCAAUUAUUGAUUCACAACCAACAGAUGAUCUAUCAUCAUAG